AUGGAGCAAGCCAAAGCUCUCAACGCUCUCGAGCCGUUCAUCGUGCUCUCCAAAUCUGCCACCUCCCCACGCGCUGCCGCAGACCUCGUGACCCGCGCGACCUCGGCCCCCAACACCUUCAUCUUCACCGAGCUUCUCCAGACGCCUCAAAUCCAGUCCCUCGCCAGCUCCGACGAGUUUUCUCCCUACCUCACGCUCCUCCAAGUUUUCAGUCAUGGGACUUACGCGGACUACACUGCCAACGCCUCGACGCUUCCUACCCUCAACGAUGACCAGAAGCUUAAGCUGCGUCAGUUAUCUCUUCUCACACUGGUCGCCAACGAUGGCAUUGCCACCAGCCCUUCUGAUGAUGACGCAAUGCAUCAAGAACACGAACAGGCACAACCGCCGAACCUAAGCUAUGCCUCCCUGAUCCGACAUCUGGAGCUCUCCAGCGCGCGAGAGCUGGAAGAGCUUGUGAUCAGCGCCAUCUACGCCGGCCUCAUCGAAGGGCAGCUAGACCCGGCCAACGAGAUGGUACAGAUCAACAGCGUGGCCGCUCUGCGGGACGUGCCCCCACGGGGCGUGGGCGGCCUGCUCUCGAGCUUGCAGGGCUGGGCGGGUCGGUGCGAGGCGACGCUGCAGGAGCUGGAAGCAACGAUGGCCAACCUGCGGGAGGAGGCGGACAGGCGGGCGACCGAGGAGCAGGAGUGGAACAACAAGAUGUCGCAGUUGUUGGAAGAUGAACAGAAGGGUGCGGUACCGUCCUCUUCUUCGUCCUCUUUGCCCUCUUCUUGGUUCAACAACAAACGCGGCGGUGGUGGUGAUGGUGCCGGUGCCGGUGCCGGUGCAGGUGGUAGCUUUCGUGGUGGCGGCUACUCUCGCGGUGGUGGCUCGUCCCAGGGGUACCGGCCAUCUCAAAGAGGAAACCACCAUCAGCAGCAGAAUCAAUCACGUCAGCAGCAAAACCACCAUCACCAUCACCAAAGCAAUCAGACCGGAACGAACAGCUUGCUGACGAGUGGUGGCGGCAGUUAUCUCAGCUUCAGAGAGGAGCCAUCAGCAGUAUCGCCCUCAGCAGCGGCGGGGUUAAUGGGCUCCUCGGCCUCAUUUGCGGCACUGGGGGGCAUGGAGACGGGCUCGGGCUCGGGCUCGGGGCCUCUUGGAAAGCGAGGGAGCAGCGAUAUGGAUGACUCAGAAGAGAACAUUGACGACGACACGAUGGAUCUGGAUGACGAGGGAGAUGAUUCCAAGAGGGGUAGCAAGCGGAAGUUGACCGCAUAGGAGGUUAAAUUUCCCAUGCACAUCAGGACAAAUCAUGGAGUGCCAGGUGCCGGUUAUUGUUUUAAUUGCAUUGACAUGAAAGUCUGAGGCCAUGAAUGGUCUACGAAAAUAAGGUAUUAGUUCACCCAGUCAAU